UGGAAAAGGCCCAAAUAUGCAAGCGAACUCUCGUCUAUUCCUUUGCUCUGCCGUCACCGACGCAGCUUCUGCUCGCCGCCGACCUAUGGAGCCCACGGCGCCGCAGCGCGGCACCAAGCGCCCCCUGCCCGGGACCGCCGCCGGCGACCAAGACGAUGACCGCUCCGCUCUCGGGGACCGCAAGGUGCGGUUCCCCAAGGGGAAGAAGGCCAAGCACCGCGACCCUGCUGCCGCUGGCAGCAGCGGGGAGGGAGGCGCCGCCGCGGAGGACAUCGACGACCUGAUGAACCCCGAGCUCGCGGCGGUGAAGCGUGCGCGACGGCGCCACCGCAGGGACGGGGACGACACGCAGGGCACCGCCAACGUCAAGGGCUUCGAAAUGCGCUACAAGGACGACGCCAACUUUAUCGAUGAUGGUAUUGAGAUAGAACCUUUUAACUUGGAGCAAGAGAGGGAAGAAGGAUACUUUGAUGAAAAUGGGAAUUUUGUGGAGUUUGCAAGAGGUAACGAUAUGAAGGAUGCCUGGUUGGAUAACGUUGAAGUAGACACCAAAUUUGCUGGAAAGGUUCAAAAGAAAAAAGACAAAGAAGAGGAGUUCCAGGACCUUUCUUCUGAUGAUAUUGGGAAGAUAAAAAGGAGAAUAGCAAACAUGCUUGAACCAGCAGAAACGAUAAUUCAAGCUUUGAAACGAUUGAAGAGUACAUCGACUGACAAUCGUGGAAGAAUGACCGAGGGGACCAAGCGCAUAUUUGAUGAGCUGACAGAAGCUGCCAUGAAGCUAAUGGAGAAUGGGGAGUACAAUGUAUAUUCAGAUGAUCGGGAGACAUUUGUACGCGAGGCUGAGGGUUAUGAACGUCUAGCGCGUGCUCGACUUGGUAUACCAGAAGUUGAAGAAGAUAUAUUUGCAGACACCACAGAGAAUGGCCCAACUACCACGUCCUUACUGGAGAUGGACAGUGGUCCUUCAGCUGCCAAUAUCUCUGCGACAAUUGCUGUAGCAAAUGAUGAUGAUAGUAACUUUGACAUGUUUGGUGAAAAUGACGACACUGAUGUCAAUCCUCAUUCUGAUGCAAAAACUAUAGAUUCAGGUUCCAAUCCCGAGACAGUACCACAAGAUACUUCUGGAACCUCCGGUGCUGAAAAGGUUGGUAAUGGAAGUGCAGACUCAGAUUAUGUCUACGAUCCAUCGUCAGGUUACUAUUACAGCAGCAGCACAGGCUAUUACUAUGAUGCUGCAUCUGGGUGUUAUUGUGCUGCAUCUACAGGAACAUGGUACUCGUACGACGAACAAUCAGGCACAUACACAGAAAUGCAUGGCGAACAAACUGGCAUGCACAAAGAAAUAGAGGGAGACGGGGUCAAGGAGUAGCCAAGGUGUAACAGUUCGCCCCCAAGCUAGGUGGUUUCUACUCCCCAGUGUUUUCUUGAUGCGGUGUAGCUUAAGUAUGCAGUAGAGCUGUAGAGCACCCCUGGAUCUCAACUCUCAUGGCCGAAUUAUCACGAGGAAAAGAAUUGGUUACUUAUGGUUGUAGGAUGUUAGUUGAAGUUCAUGCGAUCAUCCACGGAGCGUUUGCUCGGUCAUGAGUUGUCGUUUUUCUCUAACCAUUUGCCGACUUGGUUACGCCGCCCACCAUGUUCAUGCAGAAAGAAACCUGUAACAUGUGUUAUAAUACGUCACCCUUUGUGAAAUUGGAACUUCACUGUAACUUGUGGGAUUCAUAUAGAAGCAAGACGCUUGUUGUUCCUGAUUGAAGUUGCUUUGAAAGAAAUGGUUUUGUAGCUCUGAA